GGCUUCCCUGCUACAUGAAACACCUGAGCACCGUGGGUGGCGGGUUCUACGUUCUUUACCUGUUCUUCGAGCUGCACAUGGUGUGGGUGGUCCUGCUUAGUCUGCUGUGCUACCUCAUCCUCUUCCUCUGCCGACACUCCACCAUCCGUGGAACGUUCCUCUGCAUCACUGUGGUCAUCUACCUGCUGCUGGGCGAAGCACAUAUGAUGGACACCACCACUUGGCAUAAAAUGAGAGUGUCCCAGAUGGUGGUGGCCAUGAAAGCCAUCUCAUUGGCUUUUGACCUGGACAGGGGGGUAGUGGAGAGUGUCCCUUCUCCCGUGGAGUUCAUGGGCUACAUCUACUUUGUGGGCACAGUCAUCUUCGGACCCUGGAUCAGCUACAACAGCUACAAAGAGGCAGUUGAAAGCCGCCAGCUGAGUUUCAGGUGGUUCCUGAAGGCCUUCACCAGCUGGGCCAAGAGUCUGUUCUGCCUGCUCGUCUCCAACUGUGUAGCUCCCUACCUCUUCCCCUACUUCAUUCCCAUCCUCACCGACAGACUGAUCCGGUGGCUGCUGGGGUACGAGAAUACCCUCUCCUUCCAUUUCAGCAACUUCUUUGUGAGUUACCUCAGUGAAACCACCACCACUUUGGCAGGCUCUGGCUUCACAGAAGAGAAGGAGAACCUUAAGUGGGACUUGACGGUGGCAAAGCCUCUAAACGUGGAGUUUCCCAGGUCCAUGGUGGACGUGGUGACCUCUUGGAACCAGCCCAUGUCUCAGUGGCUGAAUACAUAUGUUUUUAAAAGUGCUCUCAAAUUUGGCAGUUUCACAGCCAUCCUUAUAACCUACACAGCCAGUGCACUGCUUCACGGCCUGAGCUUCCAUCUAGGGGCCGCUCUCUUAUCUCUGGGCUUCAUUACGUAUGUGGAGCAUGUGUUGAGGAGAAGACUAGCCACUAUCUUGAAUGCAUGCAUCUUGUCCAGGCGGUGCCAACCAGAUUGCAGUCAUGCACACAAGAAGGCUUUGUGGGUGUACCUCAUAAACUUCAUCUUCAGUGGACUGACACUCUUGCAUCUGGUUUAUCUGGGCUCUGUGUUUGACUCGAACUCAGAUGACAUGGAAGAGAGCGAGGACAGCAUAGCCAAUCACACCAUCAGGAAGUGGACAGAGCUGAGCUGGUCCAGUCACUGGGUCACCUUCGGUAGCUGGGUGCUCUACCGUAUGAUCCUCUAACAGUGUAAGGACCGAGAGAGGACAGAGGAAGAACAAUAUCCUUCUGGACAU